AUGGAGCAACCACGAGAAGGAGCGCCUGGAGCUCCUCAAUGGCCUCGGGGCCCUCAAGGGCCGUUAUUUGUCUCGAAACCGCACUCGACCGCGAGGCGUGAGGAGGACAGACAUCAAUCAGACCUUCAAGAGCUUCGAAAGCCGGGCCACGACGAUUCCAGUCGCCUUAAUGCUGCAUCCCUCGGUGCGCAAUCGACAUGGCAGACUCCCUCGAGCUUCGAUUCGGCUGGCGGCGCGAUUCCCGUUUCGGCCGCGUCGCACGCGUUGCACGCGUCUGGCGACACCUAUGGCGCUCAACCCCACCCCUUCAAAUUCGUUCCACAGGUGAUAAAGAGUGCCCAGCCACUCAAAGGCGUUCCGACCACUCCCAAUCAUGGAAAGCAGCUUGCUCCCGCGCCGCCAAAGCAGCAGAAGCCCUCUAUUGCCGGUCUUUCUCAUACCCAGACGGGCGUGGCGCCUGUAAGCGCUGCCCAGCCACAGUCCGUCAUUUCAUAUGAGGCUUCUGAGCCUCAGAUUCCCGCCGCGAACACGCAUAAUAGCACAUCUGCACCCCAGGCUUUGCAGCAUGUUGCAAAAGCCUUGUCACAAAAUGCUUCAUCUGCGGAGGCUUUUAAAUCUCUGCCUAGUCUCACAACGUCUGUUUCAGCUCUCAAUGGCAGGGUGAGCAGCGACACUAGCCGCCAGCACGGCUCAUCAGGCGAUGAUCGUGGCUCAACACCCGGCCAGUCACCCGCGGAUAAUGGACAUCCUCCCGUCAUCAAGCCCAUCUUGAAGAUGAAGAGGACCGGCCAGAACUUUCCAAUAUCGUCCACCAGAUCCGCUUCUCCUUUACGAACGCCUACAUCGUUGCAUCAGAAGAAUGCCUCCUCACCAAAUAGGAAGACGGGUUCUAUACCCCAGAGCAGCAGCAGCUCGUGGAAGGCACCUGAAAGUCCUCCUAAGAGCCGUGGGCCUGUCUUUCCGGCGACAUCAAACGGGCCGACCACUGGGCAGAAAAUAGGGUCAAACCCCUCCGUCCAAUUUUCGACCGAUUCAAGUAGAGAUUCGAUGUAUGGGAGCUCCACGAAUGGUAACAUUGCAAAAUCUCAUAGUCCUAUCGGUGGACCGCCCAAACCAGCACCAACCCCGAUCCAUGGCAAAACUGGGGUCAUGCACGUGGAAAGUCUGCCCAACGGGCAGCCUGUUGAAGUUGUGGCUCAUUCAACUCAUGAUGCCGAAGUAGCCUCGGACGAUGAGAUCAAAUACGAGACCGCUACCAAGUCAGCAAUUCCAGACGAUGUACUCGAGGGUGACGUGGAGGACGACUCUUCUGACGAUGACACUGGGUCUGGCGUUGACGACGACGAGGCAAUGGGGUCAACUUCUUCUCGUGGUGCAGAUGAAUCGGCUCGGCAACUAUUCCACCCACCCGAAGAGUCCGACUAUGGGGAUGAGACCGAUGACGACGGUACGGUAUCUUCGUCAUCGUCAUCAGAGUCCUCACCGGCUGCAGAUGCAGAGCCGAUGGUCGCGCUGCCAUCUGCCAACAUUCAACACGAACAAGAUUACCCUAAGCAAAUCUUGGAGAUGGCCAACUCUGGCCGUCCCUACCUCGCUUGGUUUGAUGAGAGUAUUUCGUUCGAAAAAUGCGGUGGCGCACUCUUUCCGGAUGGGUACACGAGAUGCACCGAGAUCGAGGGCUACCCUUGGAUCUGUGCAGUGCGCUCCUGUAGACAAGUAUACAAAACCCAUUUCGGUCUUGGUAACCAUUUCAAGUUCACACACAAGAGAUCUAUGUUCAACGACAAUAUGGACGGCACUCUGUCAGUAGUUGGCUCGUACAGCAAGAGGAGCCAACCUGGAAAUUGCACCCCUAUCGUCGUCAGUCGACGACCUCUGGACCCGAACGAGCCGCCGAUGGUGGAGCCUACCGAGCCGACACGGAAAGGGAAAUUCAUCCCAAGAAUAUCACAGACCAAGGCAGAAUCUGAGACUAAGGAUUCCGAAAGUUACGACCUUGUGAAGGGGGAUGUCAACGCUCCAAUUUUACCUUCAGUGCCCUCAGAAGUCACACAAGCAGGUAAUGCUGAUGAAAUGUGGCAAUACAUCCGCCCCUUCCUCAGAAAGCAUGAGUCGAUUCCGGUCACGAAUUGGGUCGGACAUGUCAUCCAUCUCCCACGUGUACGUGAUAUCAAAUGGAAUGAACCCAGGACGAGGGACCGACCCUACCGGGAUUCUCACCCACGAGAUGUAACGGCACUCAUCGUUCAGCUCACGGGCGUGGAGGCCUCCAUGCCAUGUACAUCUUGUGCAGACAAACGAGAUCGGCUUACAAAGCGCAAGACUUACAAUGUCAAAGCCCUGUCAGACAGGGCGCGUGGUAAAGCGCCUAAGACACUUGAGCAGCAACAGGCCUCUCGGAUGACGGCGGCAAAUCAGUGGGAAGAAGCUCUUCAACUAAACAUGAGGAUCUUUCAGGCGUCUGAAAUCCACCCUCUUGAGAUGGCGAGUAAGGAUCGCGCAUACAAGGUGAUCAAGGGUAAGGACCGUGAGCUUAUAUCUAUGUGUGGAGCCCUGAUUCCAGAGGGCUAUGAUCUGGAUCGAUCCGUUGCCGGCCGUCCUUGGCCCAUCUCACAGACUAAGCAUCGGGGAGCCUUGUUGAAUGACAACCAGAAUGGUACGCUGUCAAUCGUUGGAAUUUACAACCAGCUACCGCCGGGGUAUAACUACUUUGCGCCUCUGAUCAUAUCGAAAAACCCUCUGGACCAAAACGAACCUCCCAUGCCAGCAGCAAGAGUUCCCGGCUAUGUACGAGUAGACAACACGAGUGUGAAGCCCCAGUCUCAAUCGCUGAAGCACACGGCUCUGGAUCAUCCAGAACCAGCAAAAGUCCGACAGCUUGCUGCAGUGAAGACUCCAGAUGUCGGCACUCACAGCCAGGCAAAACGAAUUUGGAAUUACAUACUGCCCUUCCUGCCUCCGUCUAUGGAUCCCAAUAUUUUUGAUGCAGAGCUUGUCAGGCUUUUCGCUCUACCACUGCUUCAAAGUGUUCAGUGGAGGAGGACAUGGAUGAGGCGCAGGCUGGACAAUGACUAUUCCCAGCGAAAGCCGGCGCUGGUUCUCAAAACAAGAAACGCCGAUUGUCUUCAUCCGAUGAUCAAGAAGAAUCUCUGGCGCAUCGUCAACGAACUGGGCGAAAUCAAGGCGUGGAAGACGAGUACGUCGUUUUCCUCGAUGCCUUCAUCGGCGGUAGUCAUGGCUGGCCAGCCAACUUCAGAUGAGCUGCUUGAGAUGGAGGAUUGGGAGAUUGCACCCGGUCGCAUUCGCGAAGAUGGCAUGGACCAGCUCAAUAAUAUCGCAUUUUCGAAGUCAUACCUGGAAAACAAUCAGAUGGUCCCGGUGUCUGCCGACGUCUCAUUUCGUGUAGACACCAUCAAGUCGGGCCACAAACUCGAAUUUGAGGCUACGUCAUCCAAAGCCCGCUACUGCUCUGUCGCCAGUGGCAAGCUACAUGUCUCGAUCGCAGGCCAGCCAAAAUUCGUCAUUGGGCCUCAUGGAGUCUUCAAGAUCAAGCCUGGCGUGAAGGCGUGGGCGCAAAAUCGGCUCUACAUCGAUUCCGUUCUGCACGUAAUUUCGGUCGACGAUGGUGCGUAG